UGGAGGGAUUGUCUGGAACGAAACCCCCAUCCCUGCGGGGAUCUGGGUGGGGUUCCGCCGUGCCUGGCAUCCACGGCCCUAGAUUUAAUGACCCAGCCCAGGAAAGUUCGUCUCCACCAGACAAGGCGCUAUUCCCGGGAUCCUUUCACACGAGACAGGGCCGAGGCGGGAUUCGGCCACCUUGGGAAUAUGUCCCACUUUGGAUCCCAAAUCCUCCAACUGCACACAAACAUCUUGAAAGUGCGUCUUCUCCCUUUUUUCCCUUUUAGCGGUCACCCAGCCCCAGCCUACUCUCAAGGUCCCCAACUGAGACACACCUUUGCUUUUUCCCUUUUAGCCGUCACCCAGCCCCAGCCUACUGUCAAGGUCCCCAACUGAGACACACGCCUUUGGAUUACUAUGGAAGAAAACGGCCCAAAGAUGAGAGUGAUUCGUGUGGGUACCCGAAAGAGCCAGCUGGCUCGCAUACAGACAGACAGUGUGGUGGCAAUGCUGAAAGCCUUCUACCCAAGUCUGCAAUUCGAAAUUGUUGCUAUGUCCACCACAGGGGACAAGAUUCUUGAUACUGCGCUCUCUAAGAUUGGAGAGAAGAGCCUGUUUACCAAGGAGCUGGAACAUGCACUGGAGAAGAAUGAAGUGGACCUGGUUGUUCACUCCCUGAAGGACCUGCCCACCGUGCUUCCCCCUGGCUUCACCAUUGGAGCUGUCUGCAAGCGGGAGAACCCCUAUGAUGCUGUUGUCUUUCACCCAAAAUUUGUUGGGAAAACCUUAGAAACCUUGCCAGAGAAGAGUGUGGUGGGAACCAGCUCCCUGCGGAGAGCGGCCCAGCUGCAGAGAAAGUUCCCACACCUGGAGUUCAAGAGCAUUCGGGGAAACCUCAACACGCGGCUGCGGAAGCUGGAUGAACUGCAGGAGUUCAGUGCCAUCAUCCUGGCCGCCGCUGGCCUGCAGCGCAUGGGUUGGCAGCACCGGGUGGGGCAGAUCCUACACCCAGAGGAAUGCAUGUAUGCUGUGGGUCAGGGGGCCCUGGGUGUGGAAGUCCGAGCCAGUGACCAGGACAUGCUGGAUCUGGUGGGGGUGUUGCAUGAUCCGGAGACUCUGCUUCGCUGCAUUGCUGAGCGAGCCUUCCUGAGGCACCUGGAAGGAGGCUGCAGUGUGCCCGUGGCAGUCCAUACAGCUAUGAAGGAUGGGCAACUGUACCUGACUGGAGGAGUCUGGAGUCUAGACGGCUCAGAUAGCAUGCAAGAGACCAUGCAGGCCACCAUCCGUGUCACUGCCCAGCAUGAAGAUGGUCCCGAGGAUGAUCCACAGCUGGUGGGGAUCACUGCGCGGAGUAUUCCACGAGAAGCCCAGCUGGCUGCUGAGAACCUGGGCAUCAGCUUGGCCAGUUUGUUGCUGAACAAAGGAGCCAAGAACAUACUGGAUGUUGCCCGGCAGCUUAACGAUGCCCACUAACUGGUCUGUGGGGCGCAGGUGCCUGGGUCCAAUUGUCCAGUGCCUACCUCCCAGCCCUCAGUGCCCCAUCCUCACUGCUACCUGGUGAGUGAUUCCCCCAGGGAUUGAACUGCAAGGGCAGAGACUUACCUCACUUUGGGGCUGUGGGGAGUGCCUUGCCUCUGCGGUAGGUGGGGGUUUCAUCUCUUUAGAGAAAAAGUUCAAGCCACGGCCUUUGAAUGUAACCACCUCAACUAAUAAACCAGCUCUGAAGGUGACUUUGUUUUUGGUGAGGUUGCAGGAAAGAUAAGGACAGACACAAAGCCUGUACUCUUUACUUCAGAGGCCGGGACCUCUGUGCAAAGUUCUCCUGGAAUGUUCUUUGUUCCUGCCACAUCAGUUCUCAUUUCAAACGGUCUCCCAGGAAAGAGCGGUGAUCGGAGAAACCUAGGACUUGCCCCUCUCCAGCUAACCCGUAUGGAUAUUCGAUAGGUGGGCCAUGUAUCAGAGUCCCCCCCCACCCCCCCCUCAGGAUAGAAGUCUACAAAGUCAGUGCUACAACUGUUACAGAAUGACUACAGACACUGCGUU